UUAAAUGCAUUUCCUAAAGUUUUGAAGAUUGGAAGAUUUAAUUUAAAUGAGGAAUUCAUAGAAGGUUUCCUAAAUGACAUAAUGAAGAAGGCAGAUAAGGAAUAUGUUGAUAGUGAAUUAAUGAAGAAAGCAAAUUUGGUUUAUGUUGAUAGUGAGUUAAAUAAGAAAGCGGAUAAGGAAUAUGUGGAUAGUGAGUUAAUGAAGAAGGCAAAUUUGGUUUACGUUGAUGAAAAAGAUAAUGAAAUUAAAGAAAGGGUUGAAUGGUAUCAUGAAUGGACAUCAAAGAUUUUAAAAACUAAAGCUGAUACAGGAUGGGUUUCAGGAUGUUUAGACCUUAAAGCGGAUAAGGAAUAUGUUAACGAUGAGUUAAAUAAGAAAUCGGAUAAGGAAUAUGUGGAUAGUGAGUUAAAUAAGAAAGCUAAUAUAUCAUUUGUUAAUGAAGAAAUAAAACAAUCAGAGGUCUAUUUUACUCCACCAUUUUUAAAUUUUAUGAAAUCAUCAGAUAAAACCUUUGAUAUAGAUUCUUUUGAAUGGAUAUGUUUCGAUGGAGUGACCAUGUAUUUAAAAACUAUGAAUCAUUUACUCCAUCUGUUUUGA